AUGAAUUUGAUAUACGUCACCCUUAUUUGUGCAAUUCUUCAUGUGGGUUAUCAAACCCCACUGAAAUCCUGGACGUUGCAACCUAACAUUUUGGUUUUGGAGGUAAAUGGAAAGGUGGGCCAGCAAGCCCUCAAGUGCCUGCACUCAGCAGAUGGAGCAAUGAACGGCAAUGACAAGGAUAUAUUAUGGAAGAAGAACGGUGAAGACGAGGCACAGAGGGGUAAUUCAUAUCAGGUGUAUCUCGAAGAGAGUUUGGGAGGAGGCAACUACAGCUGCCACAGCACCAACGGAUCUCUUCUCAAUCACACUGUUGUCCUUAUUAAAGAGGACAUCACCGAGAAAAAGAAGAUUUUAGUGAAAAGUGACCUGGGGGAUUAUUUGAAGUGCUCAACUCAAAAUUUCGAGGGAGCAUUCCAAUGCUCAUGGACCUGGCACAGGACUCGGGUUGGAAAAGUAGCACUUAUCAGAGUUGGACGAGAGACAUAUGGUGAAUGUUCGGUGGAUAGCAGUGGACAUCACUGGUCAUGCUCCUCCGAUAAUAUCAACUGCUCUGUGGACGCCACCGGAGACGGGAUCUCCUGCAAGGACAAGCGGCAUUGUGCAUUUGCAGAGGAGAAAAAACGCAUCUCCUUCAAAGUCUAUGUUAGAACAAAAGGGUUCUUGGUGGAGGACUACUCAAAACACUUCUACUUGUCUGAAAUUGUGAAACCUGACAAAGUGACGAUCAGUAGACUCAACACAACAAUGAUAGAAUUGACUUACCCGGGCUCCUGGAGCAGUCCCUACUCCUACUUCCCUCUCAUUUUCCAAGUUUCGCAGAGCAGACAUACUUGUGAAAAUUGCAAAAACCCCUGUGAUGACUCAACUAGUGCAGAGACUGUGAUGGUGAACUCGUCAAACACUUGCCAAGUUGAGGUAAAAAAGAAGUGGACUGUCUGUGUCCGAGCCAAGGAUGCAUUCUGCAACUCGCAAUGGGGUGAAUGGAACCACUUGAGACUGAGAAAGAAGGGGAAGCGCAACCAGCGAAAACAUACCAGCUGA